GCAACUUUUCCCCAGGCAAAGUGAAAUCAAGCCGCGGACUCGGACAAAAUAUAGUCCCCGAUUUUUAACUUAAAUUUAUCGAAAGAAACGAAAACCCGCUUCCCCUUUCGAUCCAUCGAAGUUCAGUCGUAAUCUGGGGAGGACUCGGUUGGGGAUUGAGCUGUUUCCAACGGGUUUGGAGCACUUUUGAAGACCGGCGGAAAGUGUGUGAUGAGUCCUGGCGUGUUAAAAGAAGCGAGAACUUGCUUUGCAGCCUGAGUAGUUGUUCUUUCAAUUGUUAUUGUCGCUUUUAAAAAAUCUUUAAUUCACUUAAACUUCGUCUCGGCCGCGUCGAAAGUGGGAGAAAAGUGCUUUUCUGGUGGGAACAUGGAACUACAGGGCCUGCAAGAGGCGCUGAAAGUAGAAAUCCAAUGUCAUCAGGAUGGGGAGCUCAGGAGACAGCUGCACGACAGGCAAACAAGAAUAACAGCCCUGAGCGAUAAACAAAAUCAGACGCUGUGCAAAGGCCUCAAUGAACUUCAGAAUGGACAGAAGCUGGCAGUCAGGAGUUGUCCUGUAGGGACGACCAAGCCGCUGUCUCUCAUCAAGCCCCCCACCCAGGGCAUCGCCAUCUCCGUGGUGCCGGCCAAGGCUCCCGUUUCCAUGGUAACCGCACACAUUAACGGACAGAAGGCGGCGAGUUUGGAGCCGCUGCAGACGUCCCCCAUUAACCUCCAGACGGGCGGCAGGGUGGCGUCCAGUGGAGUCCACCCGUUGAGCAGCAGGAGAGCCGGAGAGCUGCCCCCCCCUCAGAUGCUGGGAACUCUCACUGCUGUGCCCAUCAAGGUGCCUCAAGUCAGCUCUCUGCACCGGCUGGCAGGACAAGCAGCCACUGUGCUACCUCAGGUCAGGCCAAAGACCCAGAUCCCUGACAGCCUUCCCCACGGUCCCUGUCAGGAGCUGCAGCCCGUCAGCCUGCAGAGGGCCACUGCUGUAGUCAGUCCUAAGAGCCAGGGUCCCACCCUGCCCACCGCCAACAGCACCUUCAGCCUCGACCACCAGAGUAACGGCCUGGCUCCUCCGACACCGCCACACGGCCCCUCGGUGGCCCUGGAGUCCAGCAGCCUGGCCCAGCACGCGCCGGCGGGGCCCGGCGUGGCGUACGCCAUCAUCGCUGCCUCCCCCGGCACUGGCAACGGGGUGUCUGCCGUGAGCGAGGCCGUCAAGGUGAUAAUAAUCCAGCCGCAGGCCCCCAGCAGCACCGAAGGCUCCCCAGGACCCCAGGCGGACGUCCCGUCACAGGAGGCCCAGCCCUCCCCCUCCCAGAAGAAGGAGGAGGACCCAGAGAAAAUCGCCUUCAUGGUUGCUCUGGGCCUGGUCACCACAGAACACCUGGAAGAAAUCCAGACGAAGCGGCAGGAAAGGAAGAGACGAAGCACAGCCAACCCAGCCUACAGCGGCUUGUUUGAACCCGAGCGCAAACGUUCCGCAUCACAUUAUCUAAACAGCUCCCUCUUCCUGACAGCACAAGACACUGAGGAUUUCUGCUGGAAGGACGACGUGGAGCAUGACGACCACUGUGCCAUCUGUAAGGAGGACGGUGAGCUGCAGCUGUGCCACAACUGCCCCCGAGCCUUCCACCCCAGCUGCCUCCAGCCCCCGCUCAAAAGCCCCCCCGCAGGCCCGUGGUACUGCCCCAAGUGUCAGAAGAAGGUUCUGAACAAGGAGAACAUGUCGUGGCCUCAGAACUUCCUCCAGUCCUACGUCACGCACAAGACAGUGCGACAGGAGGAGAAGCGGCGGCUGCUGAGACGAAGCAACGAGCUGAAGAAGGAGUGGAGCCGCCUGGAGGAGCAGGACAAGACGCUCAGCAAGACGCUGGAGCAGUGCGUGGAGCUGAGGGACCGGCUGCUGGGCCAGCAGAGGGACACGCAGGCCUCGCUGGACCGCCUCAAAGCGCUCAUCAGGCUGAUCCAGCGCGAGCAGCUCAUCCAGGUCACCAUGACGACCACCAUGACCACCACCACCACCAUCGCCGCCUCGCUGCUCUCUCAGCCCUGGAGCAAACCCACCAGCACCGUGGCCCCGGGCCCCUCGGCCGCCCCGCUGCAGCUGAGCCACGACGGCGCCGACAACUAGCCCUGCGCCCGCCCGCGGUGCUUCCACUUUUCUACCCCACGCCGAGGGCAGCGAUGCUUUGUCUCAAUAUUAUCCACCAUCUUUUCUCUAAAGCGACAAAAACUCUUCCUCCACUCGAGCCCAGUAUUUUUUAAACCCAACACCUACAGUGCUUAUGAGAUUUCUUUAUUUCAUUUUCUAUUUAUUAAUGUUCUUGGCCUUAAUGUAUUUAUUACUCAACGUUAGAUGGCGACGGAGGUUCCUUCGCGGCCUGAACACGUAUCCCUACUUUCACCGGGUGUGAUUAUUGUUCUGACGUUAGUGGCUAGUGAGGAACAAGACGCGCUGCAGAGGGGAAUGUCCAGCGUGUGUCAGACGUGGUCUCAUUCUCCUAUGAACAAUGUUUUGCCAUAAGAAUUCAGGAAAUGUUUUCAUCGUGUAUGUAAACGAGCCUUCAAACAAAAGCAGAGAAUAACUUCAGUAUUAAUAGAGUUAAAGUCAAAGAAAAAGUAUUUAAGAUAAAACUACAGAAAUUAGCCUUUCUAGUGGAGAUUUUAGUAUUUUCAUGCUGAUGCCUGUUGAGAAAUCUACGUUUGGAUUCAAGGGGAUCAUGUACAUAUGUUGUAUUAUUGUAAUAUCAUCGCAGGUUUGCGUUUCAUUUCACACUUUACUGGAACUGAGCUGAGUCUGUUCAACUGUUGCUUUCUGGUUCAACAGACAAGAAUCUGAGAGUAGCUGAAGUUUGUCCCAUCAGCCAAACGUUAACCGUGGACAAACCUGAGAGCUGUCAAUCUUGUGUCAAUCCUGGUCAGAGCAGCUGAAGCGCGCUGACCCAGGCUGACGCGAGUUCCUCCGUCAGGUCAGCUAGCCUCGAAUGCAACAGGAUCAUGUGAUGGUUCUGCACAGCAUCAGUCCGACGGACUCGUGUUCUGAUCAGUGCGGGUGCAGCUUACUUCAGUUCUUCUCCUGAUUCUGCAGCUCCAGGAACCAGACAGUUGAACAGAACUGGAUUGGACCAGUCUUCAGCUCAGUUCCUCCUUUCCUUCUUUCACCAGUAUAGAAAAUAUGCCAAAAACUCUGUUUUUGUACUGGUCUGGUCUCACGUGCUUCUCCGUCCUGCCUGUUUUCUAUGUUUUGUACUCGUGUUUUCUGGGCCUGUGAACCCGACAGAUGAACACUGCCUCACGUACAAAUCGAUUCAGAUCCAGGGUUUCGUCUUUAUUGCGUUGUUUUCUAUCCACUGAAUCAGAAAUGGAACAACUCUGUCCCACUGCAUCCACGUGCCCUGGCUGACUGUGAACCUGCGGGACCGAGCCGUCGUCUCCUGCUCCGUUCACGCGUCUCACGAGUCUUCCUGCUGGCCCAGAGCGGUUCCGUUUAGAUCCAACAGCUUUAGUUCGCCAUGCGAGUCCGCACCUGUUAAUGCACAAACAGUCAGAAAAUGCCUUGGUGGCCAGAGAAGAGGCUCCUUUAAACAUCCCAUAACUGCACAACCACACUAGGAGAAAUGGACCGAACCGCGUCACAGCCACGAUUAGAACCCUACCACACCCGCUACAUCGCUACAGUCCAAACAGCAAUAAUGUGGUUCCACAGAGCGAACUUUACUCGCUCCGUGUUCUGGUCCCGCUCCAUUUAGGUUGGACACAUUUCUCUACGUUAGAGCCCUGAAGCGUCUUUGGUCCCGCACCUGUUAAAUUAAGUCCAAUCAGAACUUGGUUCGUGUCCUGUUAAAUGGGUCACGCGCCAGAAUCGUCAUCCAUAAUCACUCCGGACCACGUGAUGCAUAUCGAGUCCUCAGCUGAGCAGAACCCAUAUCAGAGCUCCGUCCGACCUCUUCGUCCAUUUCUAGAACUCUUCUCCGGGAGAAACUGUGCAGUGCUGAAACAGAUCUAUUUUAAUACACGACAACAUUUGAACAAACGAGAAACCAGUAGAACAUUUUUAUAUUCUUUUAUCAAAGUGCAAAAAAUAGCGAACAUCUGGGUUUUCUAUUGUUUACCAGUUCUGCAUUCUGACAACGUUCGACGUGUUACUUUGCCAUAAGGAGGCGACAACGACACCAGGAGGGUGUUGAGAUGGAAACUGAAAUGUCUGUGGAAGUAGAAGUUUUCCUUUGUCAUUAAUACGGGACUGUCCAGUGGAUAGUGUGUAUAGGAAAGUGUUUGUCUUAAAUAUGCCAAUGUAGUUUUUUCUUUAUGAUGCAUUAAAGGCUGAUUGAUGAAGGUGGUAAAUGGCUAAAGAGUAGUCUCACUUUUUUGUACCAAGUUCUUACGAAAAAUGGAGUCAUUAAUAAACAAAGUUCAACUGA